AUGGGCACCGCCGAAAUCGGCCAUGCUCGACCACGCCCAUGCGCACGGCAGUGGGGUGCUGCCGGGCCGCGUUCGGCCGCUGCACGUGCCCGGUGUGCCAGCGCAGCCGCAUCAUCACUGCUGCCGUUGCUGCUGCUGCUGGCUGGCGGCGCGCUCGCAGCGGCAGCGGGGUGGGCCCCCGUCACGGGGGACAACUACAAGGAGCCCACGGACGCGGGCAACGUCCACACCGUGUUCCUCACAGACUGCACAGCCUACGCCGACUGGCAAACACUCACGCUCGCCUACAGCUGGCGCCAGAGCGGCCAGCCCGGCCCGCUGACACGCAUCAUGUCGUGCACGGACGAGGAGGCAAAGGCGCACAAGCCGGACACCCUGGAGUCCGUCACCACCCACACCGCGCCGUCGUACGCGACAGCCGUCCGCACGGGUGACCACUACGCUGCGUACAACAAGCCCGGCGCGAUCAAGGACUGGCUCAAGCACUUCUCGCCGGAGGAGGAGUGGAUCCUGAUCCUGGAGGCCGACAUGAUCCUGCGGCAGCCGAUCACGCCGGAGGACUUCAACUUGACCUCACCCGGCCACGCGGUCGGCGCGCGGUACGAGCACCUGGCCGGCGUCAGCAACCAGCUCGCAGCGCAGCACAUACCGGAGGUCGUGCCGCGGGCCGACGCGCUGGCCGGGCCGCCGGGGCGGCGCGCGGACCAGGUCGGGGGCUUCAUGCUGGUGCACAGGGACGACCUGCGGCGGAUCGCGCCGCUGUGGCUGAAGUACACUGAGGACGUCAGGGCGGACCCCCAGGCGAGUGGCAGCCCCCAGGCGUGGGCGGGUGGCAGCAGACGUAUUAUGCUCACAGAGCCUGCACAUGCGGCAGCCAGCGAGGCCACGAGGGACGCAGGCGACAGGGCAGCAGCACGCGCUGGGCGCCGUGCUUGCGGGGGUGUGGUGGUUGCUGAGGCCUGGAAGUAUGCCGGCGACACGCUGGCGCGCAACCAGGGCGACAAGCCGUGGCUGGCUGAGAUGUAUGGGUACGUGUUCGCCGCCGCCAAGGCGGACGUGUGGCACCGGUGGGACAAGGAGGCGAUGCUCUACCCGGGUUACACACCGCAAGGCGUUGUGCACAUCCUGCACUACGGGGUUCAGUGGAAGGUCACACCUGCUACGGGGGAACCCUGGUCCUUUGACAAGAAAGAUUUCAAUGCCUUUGACAUCUCACGGUGCCCGCCCUGGGAGACCGGCCUCAAGCGCCCCACCUCUGGCCUGCUGCCGCCGCCCCCGGCGCCCUCAAAGCUCGUCAAGCAUAACGACUCCAUCGACCGCUACCGGGAGCUGCUCGCCCUCGAGCCCGUGCUGACAGCCAACGCGGCGCUGUGCCAGCACUACCUGCGAAUCUGCCGCCCCAGCAAGCAGCUGGCGCGCGUGUGUGAUAUUGUGGAUGACGCAUACCAGGCGCUCAACCACAAGCUGGAGCGGAUGGACGGGAUCAUGGCAUGCGGGGACUUCCUGCGAUUCUUCGCAGCGGCGUAG